GUGCGAGCGAUAGACAAGUAAAGUAUUGCUACUUUAAAAACAGGAAGUAGUUACACUUGUAUUAUUACUAUUACUUGYUGUUUGAUCRCUUGUAUGCGAAGUGAAAUGGUCAUCAGAUCUAGUAGUGUAGAGGAGUUUCAGGUGGAAGGUAUUUUUAAUGCGGGCGAGAAUAAGGAAAUAUAUUGGGUCCAAUGCCACUGCGGAACAGUCCGAGGAAAAUUCAGAGCAAGCAAGGACCAUGUUGUCGCUUGGGAUUGCAAUUGUUCGGAUUGCUCCAUGAGGGGAAACGUUCACGUUAUCAUUCCGGAAGACGACUUUUUGUUAGAUAUGCCAGGAAAUAAAUCGCUCCAAUCCGCGACGAUAGAGUAUUUGUGGGGAACCAAAAYAGCGAAGAGACGUUUUUGUAGAACGUGUGGAAUUUUGCCGUGGUACAGACCUCGAUCAAAUCCGGAUGGAUAUGCGAUCACCCUGAAGUGUAUCGACUGGGGCGAUGACGACGACAAGAAGCCGGAGAUCGAAAUAAAAAGUUUUGAUGGUCAAAAUUGGGAAGAGCAGUUUGCAAAGUCGGAUAUUUCUAAGCACUCAAAAUGUGCAAGCACUCAGUAAAGGCGAGUUUUGGGGAAUCAAAUUUUCGGUGGAAAUUCUGGUCUUCUUAGCUAUUGUUGGGGAUGGAUCGUGUAUUCUUUGUUCCAAUAGUAGCACAAAUAGCAAGCAAAGAAACAAUGAAGAAAAACUUUGUCAUCCGCCUACAAAUGAUAAAAGACUGUGCGUCCGGAAAUKAUUUUUUUAAUAUCAUGAUGUUACUGUGUUCAGCUGCCACUAUAGAUUAUUCUGGCCUUCAWCAUGCUGUUGUUCUUCAAAAUUAAAAUAAUUCGAAGAAGAGGCGACAAAAUGGCAUUCCAAAAUAUGAUUCUCCAGCUCUAGAAUUUGUCCUAAAUAGUUAAGAAACUUCUAGCCGAUACGCGGAAGGCGGUCAACUUCUGCGUAAAUCUGUCUCUGUUGGCGCUGUCCAAACUUCGAUUGACAUCAGCAAGUAGCUUGUUCAAUAUUUCGGUCAACUUGGAUUGGUUUUCGGCUGAUUGUGUGCUCAACAAGUGAUUCUUGUACUCCUGGAAACUUGAUUCGCUAGCUAACAUGAGACUUAGCAUCGGACGCAUGACAGCCCAGUGAUUCGAAGGAGGACCGAACAAAAGAAGAUUGAAUAACGUCAUCGUAAAGCCAGAGAGAAGGUUGGGCUGAGCCGCAAAGUGCUAAAUGGGGGGAAUGGAAACAAUAUUUGAGUAACAUAAAUGAACCGUUUCGCAAAGAAACUUCCACUUUUCGUGGUUGACCAUCUGAUUCACGUACCUUGUUUAAGUUGUGCAUUUCCACCUUAUCCUUGCCUUGAUUAUUAAAGUAGUAUGUUGUCAAAUGAUCAAUUGUGUUCGCACAAAAUGAAGCAAUGGUUUGGUCACUGGACUGGAGACCUUCGUGAACAGUAGUCAUAAUUUGCAAGAAUAUAUUUGAGUCCAAUGCAAACACCCUYUUUUUGUGGCUGCGGAAGAGAAUUUCGAUAAAGCUGUAGUAUGCUUUGCUCAGCUUUGGAUAAGCAUUAAUGUCAUCCAACGGAACUGAUAGCGCCAUGUUGAGGGCAACAUCAAGAGCAUUUUGUAGGGCCAUAUCAUUGUAGAGUUCGAAGACGCCAAAACAAACGUAAUUUCCUCCCAAUGCUGAAUUAAGAACAUGGAGAGACAAGGCAAGUCCCUUGUAGCGUUUCUUGUAAAUUUCGGGGUCACCCUUCGAUGGUGGUGGAGUGGCCAUGAGCCGGCGUCCAUAGGCACACACAACAUCACUGGUGUACCGGAACAAGAGGAUGCCAUUUGGGCUACUCUGGUCGAAAUUCACUCGAUUCGCUUUGUUGUGACAGAAUUCGUGCAAGAAGCGGAGUAAACUGAUCAUGACAUCAGUUUGAUCGAACCAUACGUCCGCAACCUUGGAGCAAAGGGGAAGGUGCUGGGGAUGCAAGAUCUCAAAGAGAGCACUGUAAGUUUUGCGGUUGUGCAAGCUGGCAGCGAUUCCGCGCAAAUCCCGGAAGACUCCAAUCAAAGGUGCUCUGCAGUUUUCGUUUCUCAAAUCAGCGGGUGCGAGGGUUCCCAACCUGCCCAGAACGUUUAUGAUAGGUUCCAAGAAUUGAUCAAAUGUGAGCCCGAGUUUCUCUUCUCCAUUCGGCGACAACAACAGGCGAGUCAGUGUAGCAUGAAAYGUAGUUCGCUGCCUAACAUUUCCUGGUUGGGACAAAAAUGGGAAGUGAUCGCUGGUGUGGUUCUUCGCUAAAAAUCGAACCGUUUCGAGGGUCAACAGCAGUUUUGAACUACUGUAACCUCCGGCCAUAUCGUGAAAGAGAUCCAGCGUUUUGCUCACAAUUUCUUGAUCCUCUGGCCAGUAUUUGAGAUUGUUUCCCAUUUUCGUCACGAUGAUGUUUGCUACAACCGUGUGGUCACCCAUGGCCAAUUGCUCAAACAUUCGUAGGUAGACUUUCUGCUUUGUGGAGGGCGCUGAAUCGAGCUUCGCAACAAUCAUACCAACCGACAAUGAAUCCCCGCCUAGAGUAUUAACGGAAGAAUUGUUGUUUCCGGACAUUUGGUCCCACAUGAACAUGUAAACUCGUCGGAAGUUUCCAAAGUAAAACAAAAGGGCUUGUUCCAACUUCGGUUCUGCCCUGCCUGCACCGUUCGAUGUGGUUAGACGGUAGUCCAUGCCCUGAGCCAACUGCAAUGUGCGUCGGCUUAAGCUGGCAUCGAUUGCCUCUUCGCCCUCGCCCAUGUGCGCAGACGACCAAGAAUGACCACCAAUGAUGGCUCCGACUAUAUAAGUUAGCCAUGUAAGUUGCCCCUCGAUAACCGCCAUGGAUUGCUGUACGUCAUUAGGAGCCGACGAUGUAGRAUUGUUUCCCAUACGACCUGUUAUGUCACGGUAUUGUGCAAGAAGGGGAUCAAACUUGGCCAGGAGGAUUUGUGCAACAGGACCAUAUUGGAAGCGGCAAAUUACAGGAAGUCGAUCCAUUUGCUCCCGAAGUGAACCAUAGUCAUCCAGCGGAUUCUCCAGCGCUCCGUCGCUUCUCAGAACAGUUUCGACCGAUCCAAGCAUACUUUCGAUGUAGGUUUCGACCACAAGCAUAACCUGCUUUUCUAAGUGUUGGACAUGCCCCUGUGCUCCCGUCUCAGGUCGGACAUAAGGCACGGCAGCUACCAGCCUACCCCAAAGUGAGAGAAGGUAGUGUAUCGAGUUUGUGGAGUAUUGCCAAUUUCGGAUGGACUGCACGGUGAAUGAUGCAGCAAGUUCUAGCCAUUCCAUGUAUCCAUCGGUCUUCACCAGUUCUGAUAGCUGAUAGUUUGCCUUCAACCGGCCGAGGAGACGGCAAAAUUGAUGGUAAUUAUCCUGGUGCUGCAAUCCAGUUUUGUUUGAUAACAUUCCCCGUAUCCCUGUAAUAAGACGGCCUAAGAAAGCUGCCCUGUCUUUGUCGGUUGGGAAGAGGGAGCGCCGCACCGAUGCCAGCAAUAUGAUGGCCUCCAUUGCCUUGCUAGAUCGUGGCGGAGUCGUGUUGGCAUAAAAAUCGAAAAAUAAA